AAACAGUAGUGAACAGCACUGUUGGGUACCGGAGUAGUCAUACAUACAUACUAUACAUACAUAGACACUGUUAUAUGUGAUGAUAUGAUACAGUACUGUAUAUAUCGUGUAUAUAUCGUGUCAAUUGUGGUGAACAUCCAUCUAAAAAAAAGUCCAUAACUUUUUCAAAAAAUAGUAACUAAUAUACAAAGUGAAUGACUAUCCAAUUGUGUCCAUUAUUUAUGUGGUCAGCAAAGUGUGGGACAACCAGUCAGUGUAGUUAUGAGGAAAUAUACCAAACAAAAGCCUGAGAAGCACACCCACAAAGAGCCUCACCCGCACACCGAACCUGCCAUUAGUGCUAACAGUCAACAGCCAUCCAGUGAAGUGUCGGCGCCGGCCGUUGUAAGUCCCAGCAUAAGCCCGAGUUCACCCGAAUCGGAAGCCGGAUCCUCUUUGAUGGCCGUCCCCGAGCGUACAGGUGCUGGCAGUGGCACUGAGGAGGGACCGCACAGUCCCUAUGAUCAGCCGUCGACCAGCAAAGACUACCCGAAAGAAAAGAAAGGGUCGACAGUGGGAGGAGAGUUGUCUGUGCGACCAAAACAGGUGACUAUCCACCAUCCGGGACAAAAAGGACCCAAACCUACAAUACGUAAGAAGCAUUCAUUACAAACAGAUCUCGAUGUCGACAAAGAGUUUCAGCGAUGCAAAGAUGAACAGUCGACACGACUGGAUCUCACAAAGUGUAGUCUAACGACUCUUCCCUCGUCUGUCAAAGAACUGACACAUUUAGUUGAGUUUUAUUUAUAUCAAAACAAAUUAGUAACUCUUCCGCCAGAAAUCGGCCAUUUAGUGAACUUACAGAUGUUAGCCGUCAACGAAAACUCAUUGACCAGUUUGCCCGACACUUUGGCUAAUCUUAAAGUGCUUAAAGUGCUUGAUCUCAGACACAACAAACUCAAUGAGAUUCCUGAUGUGGUUUAUAGACUGACUUCACUAACCACUCUUCACUUGCGCUUUAAUCGCAUCAAAAUAGUCGGUGAAAAUAUAGCAAACUUAACGAACCUAACGAUGCUCAGUCUUAGAGAAAACAGACUAAAGGAGUUGCCGGGAGGUGUGGGCAAACUCACACAACUGGUCACUCUUGAUGCUUCCAACAACCAUUUAGAGCACUUGCCAUUAGAAAUUGGAAAUUGUGUACAAUUGACGACAUUAGAUGUACAGCACAAUGAAUUGGUAGAUAUUCCCGAAACUAUAGGCCAAUUGGCGAGUUUGACACGAUUAGGACUCAGAUACAAUCGUUUGAUGUCAAUCCCGAAGUCACUAAGCAAUUGUAUCAAUUUGACUGAAUUCAAUGUCGAGAAUAACUCCCUGUGCCAGUUGCCAGAGGGCCUGUUAUCUAGUCUCUCCAAUUUGACAACACUCACGUUAUCACGUAAUCAAUUCAUAUCAUAUCCAGUGGGUGGGCCCUCCCAGUUCUGUAAUGUCUACUCUAUAAACAUGGAGCACAAUAAGAUCAAUAAGAUUCCUUUCGGCAUAUUUUCGCGGGCAUCCAAUCUGACCAAACUUAAUAUGAAAGACAAUCAGUUGACAUCACUACCGCUGGACAUCGGUUCGUGGACUCAGAUGGUUGAGCUAAAUCUGGGCACAAAUCAAUUGACCAAAAUUCCCGAAGAUAUUCAACACUUGGAGAACUUAGAAGUUCUCAUUUUAAGUAAUAACAAUUUGCGUCGACUGCCGGCCACUAUCGGCCAACUGCGCAAACUUAGGAUACUUGACUUAGAAGAAAACAAAUUAGAAGGCCUUCCUAAUGAAAUAGGAUUUUUGCGAGAGAUCCAGAAACUUAUUGUUCAAAGCAACCAAUUGUCAGCUCUUCCCCGAGCUAUCGGACACUUAUCUAAACUGACGUAUUUAAGUGUUGGUGAAAACAAUUUGAGUUCAAUUCCCGAAGAAAUUGGUACAUUAGAAAGCUUGGAAUCUUUGUAUAUAAAUGACAACCCAAACCUACAUAACCUUCCAUUUGAAUUGGCUCUCUGUGCAAAUCUCCAAAUAAUGAGUAUAGAGAACUGUCCGUUAUCUCAAAUCCCUACCGACAUUGUUAACGGCGGGCCAUCACUUGUCAUACAAUAUCUUAAAAUGAAAGGCCCUUAUAGGACAAUGUGAUGAUUGAUUGUAAUUACUUUUAGAGACUAAACAAUUAAAUGAUAAAUAAUUUAUUAAGUUUUGAGACAAUACUUUGUUUUUUACGCAACGUUUUGAUCAAAACAAAUAUUGAUAUUAAUUAGUGAAAUUACAAGAUUUUUGAUAUAAUGUUAUAUUUAUUGGGGUUUCGGUGCUCACAAAGACUAUGAAAAAAAUAUUUGUUAUUUAAAAAAUAAUAUAUUGUCUGUUAUUGUGAAUCGACACAAUCUAUUGGAUCAACCCAUUGGAAGUCCUCCCGAGUCCAUGGCAUCCAAAUUAUGGUAACUACUGAAUGAAGAAUGACUGAUGAAGAAAGCGGUUAUUAUCUAAAAUAUCAUAAUUGGAUGAAUUGUUUGCUUCUCUAAUAAAAAAAAACUUUCGGAAGGCCUCCAAAAAAUCCAUCACUUGUUUAUAUAAUAUACCAUUUGUUUAUUGAAUUGUUUUAUAAUUAUAUACAAAAAACAUACUCUACAUAUAUUAUAUAAAUAUAUU